CACCAGCAAGCGAUCCGUCAUGUUGAGCAAGACGCCACUGCGAAUAUUAUCCGCAUGGUUGUCGUGGCCGCUGUGCCCAUUCCAUAAUGGAGUUAUCAAUUUGCACGGAGAAUUAAACGGCGAGCAAGAACCAGUGAACCACCAAUAAUGGCAGCUGACGAGCAGUAAUGGCAGGUCCCGGCGUUGGUGCAGGAGCUAUUAGCCACCGUGCAGGAGCCACCCGGCCGGUUCGUGCAGCCGGAGCAGCACCGCCCCGACGCCGCUCCUCCCGCAUCGUUUCCCAUUGUCGACCUUGGCCGACUGUCCUCGCCAUCGCCAGAUGAUGACGGCGGCGGCGACGAAGCCGCCAAGCUCCGGCGAGCGCUCGAUUCUUGGGGACUCCUCCAGGUUACUAACCAUGGGAUCGAAGCUUCUCUGAUGGACGAACUGAUGAGCGCGUCAAAAGAGUUCUUCAGACAACCACUCCAGAUGAAGCGAGAAUUCAGCAAUCUGAAUGACGGCGAGCAAUUCCGGGCCGAAGGGUACGGGAAUGAUAAGGUGAGGAGCAAGGACCAGAUCCUGGACUGGUCUGAUUGGAUCUACCUCAAAGUGGAGCCUGAAGACGAGAGGAAUCUCGCACUCUGGCCAAAACAUCCCAGUUCUUUCAGGGAUGCCCUGCAUGAGUUCGUGGUGAGAUGCAGGAGGGUGAAACGCGACGUCCUUAGAGCGAUGGCGAGGAUCGCGGGGCUGGACGACGACGAUCAGCACUUCGUCGAUCAGCUCGGCGGCAGGGCGACCGUGCAUGCCCGAUUCAACUACUACCCGCCGUGCCCAAGGCCCGAUCUCGUGAUGGGCAUAAAGCCUCACUCCGACGGCACGGUCAUCACCGUUCUCCUGGUUGCCCGCGGCGCCGACGGGCUUCAGGUUCUCAGGUAUGGGGUCUGGUACAGCGUGCCAUCAUCGAGCACUCACGCCUUGCUGAUCAAUGUAGGGGAAUCCACGGAGGUAAUGAGCAAUGGGAUGUUCAGAAGCCCGGUGCAUAGGGUUGUGAACAGUGCAGAGAAAGAGAGGAUCUCGCUGGAUGAGAAGCGGCUGACACUGUACAAGAAAAUGAAAGCAAGGGACUUCUUGGUUGGGCUCUCUGAACAUUUUUCUCGAGGCACAAGAUUUGUUGACACGCUCAAGAUCAGUCCUUAGUUUCUUAGGCUAUUGGCAAUCCACUCGUGCUGUAUUGCAAUUGCAGAGGUAACAGAAAGUAUUUUUAGCACCUAGGUGUGUGUGUAUAUAUAUAUAUAUGCACCUAGUGCAUGCAAGUCAACAUGUGAUUUAAAUAGUUAAAUAAAAAUGUAAAAAAAUUGGUAACAUAAAUGGUGAUGAUAUAAAUUUGUACACAAACAUGAAACUA